CCUAUUUCUCGGGCUUUUUCCUCCUGUCCCUUCCCCAUUACAAAGCCCGCAAAUGGCAGGUGGGCACGAGAAAGCUACAGGGACGAUGUAUCACGCCGCAUUUCGAUGCAGAUUCACUCGCCGCCAUAAAAGGAAAAGAAAUAUAUUAAUUAAUAACUGUUUUUGUUUGUUUCCAUGGAUUGCCAGCCAAGCAUUGCGAGAGUGCAUUCCAUAAGAGGACUGGGGUCACCUCUGAGAAUUUUAAAUGUUUGUUCCUUAUCGGUAUUAAACAUUUCCUCGUUGGACGCUACGUGACCCGCUAUGGUCGUUGCCAUUUGGUAAAUAAAUAUUUGUUCUUGUGUGGGUGUAAGUGAUUUAGGGUUUGGGUUGAACUCUGAAGCAGCCAUGCCGGGAGGAAGUGGUGAAGAAGUCGAGGUUAUACACUUGUGGGCAUCACAGAGGACUGCCUGCACUUAUUUCAUGUAUUCUUUUGCUCAGAGAGAUGAUGUGGAAGUGCUCGACGAACCUCUCUAUGCAAAUUUCUUACGCGAGACGGGAGCUGAAAGGCCAUACAGAGAAGAGCUCCUAUCGAAAGUGGAAUCAAAAGGAGAUAAGGUUGUUGAAGAGAUUAUAUUUGGCCCUCGGCAGAGGAAGUAUCGAUUCUGCAAGCAUAUGGCGUAUCAACGUCUACGGAGUCGGAGUCUAACAAAGGAGCUUGUAAAGAGAGGAAAGCACUGCAUACUGAUACAAAAUCCUCUUGAUGUUUUGACAUCCUACGGAAAGGACACUUCCCCAUUAUUCACUGAUCUGGGGUAUGAUGACUUGGUUUCCAUCUACAGCGAUCUGUCUCGUGGAGGAAAAUCACCACAUGUCAUUGAUAUGGAGUUAUUGCAAGAGAACCCAGAGGCUACCUUGCGCUGUCUGUGCAAUGACAUUGGUAUACCAUUCCAGUCUGCAAUGCUCAAAUGGGAAGCUGGACCAAAGCCUUUCGAUGGUUUUUGGGCUCCCUAUUAUUAUGGAAGUGUACAUCAGUCUACAAGUUUUGAACCACCAAAAAAAUAUCCUUCUCCGUUUCCACCGAAUUUCUACGACUUGCUGGAGCAAAGCUUUCCUUUCUACAAUUUGCUUAAACGCUAUGCGAGGCACCCAACUGCCAAAUCCUUCCAUCCCUCUCUUCCGGUCCCUGCUAAUGAAAAAUUGCUUUCUUGGGUUGGUGAUGAGCUUAUACCCCGAGAAUCUGCCGAGGUUUCAGUGUUUGAUUCAGUUGUGCAAGGUGGUGAUGCAGUUUGGGAGGGUCUUCGAAUAUAUAAAGGGAAAGUAUUUAAACUGGAGGAACAUUUAGACAGGUUGUUUGACUCAGCAAAAGCUCUAGCUUUCAUUAAUGUUCCAACUCGUGAAUGGGUGAAGGAUGCAAUUUUCACAACUCUAAUAAGGAAUGGAAUGUUUGAUAAUGCACACAUUAGAUUAACUCUCACUCGAGGAAAGAAGGUGACUUCGGGCAUGAGUCCAGAAUUCAACCUUAGUGGAUGCACCUUAAUUGUUCUUGCUGAAUGGAAGCCUCCGGUCUAUGAUAAUGCACAGGGAAUAACAUUGGUUUCUGCUACUACACGCCGAAAUUCCCCUAAUAAUUUGGACUCAAAAAUUCAUCACAACAACCUCCUUAACAAUAUUCUUGCAAAGAUAGAAGCAAAUAAUGCAAAUGCUAAUGAUGCAAUAAUGCUUGACAAGGAUGGUUUUGUGUCAGAAACUAAUGCAACAAAUUUAUUUCUGGUGAAGAAAGGAAAAGUUGCGACACCACAUGCUGAUUACUGUCUACCAGGAGUAACGCGAGCGACUGUAAUGGAGCUCGUGGUCAAAGAAAAUUUGAUCUUGUCAGAGAAACAUAUUAGCUUAUCAGAAUUCCAUACGGCAGACGAGGUGUUCACGACGGGCACUAUGGGAGAACUCACCCCUGUUGUUAAAAUUGACGGACGAGCAAUUGGCGAUGGCAGCGUGGGACCUGUUACAAAAAGGCUGCAAGAAGCUUACAAAAAACUCACUGCACAAUCCGGCGUGCCUAUACCAACAUACCAACAACCUUGAGAAAAAAGGAAAUCAUACCGACCCCUUUUCUCCUAUUUCAUUGCUCCUUAAAGCUUUUGUGUUGCAAUAUCUAAUCAUUAACCGAAUUAGAACUCUAUUGACGGCUUGAGCUCCUGUUCUCGUUCGAUUGGUGGUUAUUUAUCUCUUGGAAGAUGUGAUCUUUUAUGGCUCCAGUCGCGAUGUCUAGGCAGCGUAUGGAUGCUCGGUUUACAGGCCAGGCAGCUCAUCAAGAGUCGACAGAAGCUCGGGAUGUCUUAAAAUUCUGUUGGAAAUUGUUAUCUGUAUCUAAAGUAUAGCGUACUAAGCAAAGCUACUUUGAUUCACAACUAUGACAAGAAAGGAUCCUUUUGGUUA